UUCGUUUUUGUUUUUUUUUCCUCCAUUCCACCCACUACCAUAAUUCGCGACUCUCCACCUCAUCAGUUCCCCACUCUUACCAACACUCUUUUCUAUUUCUGUUAUUCGAUGACUCUGUGAGGCGCAAUCAAAAUGGAGUCCACGGGUUACCGUCACAUCCGAUCAACGUCCUCCGACCGAUUCCUCGGCCUUUUCUCCUCGACACCAUCCUCAAGUGCAGCAUCCUCCGGCGGUGGCGAAGACGAGCUCAAUGAAGCCGAGAUCUUCUGGACUGCUGAUUUCAUAGAACCGAUUCACUCCAAUAGCAACCACAAUCACCAUCGACGGUUGAGUUUUCAUCAACAGACGGGAUCCGGAAUCCUCUCCGUGCUACCCGAAGCCGAUCAUCUGAGCUUCCGGACCCUCCACGAUGGACUGGUGCUGUGCCGCAAGCCCUCGAUAUCGACCGCGUCAUCUUCGUCUUCGAAAGCGAUUCCGUCGAUCCCUAGACCGCCGGAGAGGGAGUACUGUGAGCCGAUACAGGGCAGGAAAUUCCACCAGUCGGCACCGAUGAAGGUACCAGUGCUGUCUCAGGCCAUGGCGAAGAGGAGGAAGGAACAGCUUGACGACAUGGACGUCGGUGACGGGGACGACGCCGAGAUGUUGCCGCCUCACGAGAUCGUCGCCAGGGGCUCAGGUGUGUCCCCGAAGACGACGUUUUCGGUUCUCGAAGGGGUUGGUAGGACUCUAAAGGGAAGGGAUCUGCGACAGAUUUUGGACCAGGAAGACAACAACGUGGAUGAAAUUCGGCAUCCGCUUAUAUUUUUAAGAUAUCCUUCUUCCAUUUCUUGUUGGUUGGCUUUUGAGUUUUGAUACUGGGGGGAUGGGUAGUCAGACCAUCAUCCAAGUCACUUGGACGCUUGAUAAUUUCAGACUUCCCCUUGGUUCUUGGCUGCUGAUAAAAGAUGUCUGCACCGGAAGACUCUGCAGCAUUCGGUCGCUUCCGGUGCGUGUAAAUUGGUGCAUAUUUUGGUCUCAUACAUGGACGUGAUGAAAUUUGGGUAUCAUUUUUAAAAAAGCAUGAAUUUGUAUCUUUAAGAUCGUUUGGGACCAGUUCAUUCUGCAGGCUCCAGCUUAUCUCCUCAUUUGCAUUUCAA